AUGCUUGAGCCACGUAUCGGAAUGCAAACUUUGAGCCAAAUCACCUCCCAAAACAUCUGCAGAGUAACGCAGUUGGACCAAAUCACGCUGCCGACACGCAUGCCCGAGAGACGACAAUCUCACCCGAAGGCACCGACCGGCCUCAACGAUGAGACUGCCGAAGAGGUGCAUGAUAUAAUUCAUCGCGCCGAGGUGGAGGAACAGAAGAUGCACGGCAAGGAUGCGCUGACACAGGAGGACAUUGGGGUUGACGAGGGGGACCAACAACAAGACCAGUCGGCAAUGGGCAAGGUCAAGGAAGCAUUGAACCUGGGAAAAUAA